AUGGUGUUCUUCAACCUUUCCUUCUGGCGCUUCUGCCUCCUAUCUCUGCCCCUUUCUUCUGCUCUUACUGUCCCCCAGCAGCCUUUGGCAGAAGCGUCCGAGGAAAACAUCUCCGAGCUUACCCAAGAUGUUGUGAUCGAUGAUGGUGCGUUCAAUAUAACAGACUAUACUUCGUCUGAUGAAUGGAACCCUACCAAAUUUGACUAUGAUGUUGUUAUCGUUGGCGGUGGCCCUGCCGGCCUGGCUGCAUCCAUGUCUCUUGCUCGAGUUGCGCGAACAUCACUCUUGUAUGAUUCACAGGAGUAUCGGAAUGAACAGACUAGAUAUAUGCACGAUGUACUUGGCCAAGAUGGGCAGGUGCCACUGAAAUUCCGAACAGCCGUCCGACAGCAGAUUGACGAGCUAUAUCCCGACUACUCAUUCUGGGCCACACGCAAGACGAAAGUUAUUGGCAUUAUUUCUCUCGAGAAGGGGUUCCGGGUCUAUGACGACAAGGGCGGAAUGGUCACUGCCAAGAGGAUCAUUCUGGCUACUGGGAUUAAGGAUGUCUUACCCAAUAAGCCGGGCUUUGCCGAAGCUUUCGGACGAGGUGUAUUCUGGUGCCCCUGGUGCGAUGGCCAUGACUACAAGAACCGCAAAAUGGUCGUCUAUGGCAAGCUUGCAAGUGCCAUUGGGUCUGCCCUCAAUAUUAGGAAGUUGACAACAGACAUAACCAUUGUGACAGGCGGGCCGAUCAGCAAAGAAGACAAAGAUGAAGCAGAGGCUCGCUGGCCCGGAUGGGAGAGUGUAAUUAAGAAGACCUUCAACAUCCCUAUCCGGGAGAACGAUAUCACCAAGGUCGAACGGACCACGACGAAUAUGGAACCCAAAGACGACGAGUAUAAGGUCCACCUAAAUGGUGGCGCCCCCAAUCCUCUGAUCACGAACGGAAUGCUCAUCUCCGUGCCGACUGCUCAGACAUCCAGUCUUCACAAGCAGCUGCGAUUGGAGAUGGACGGAAAGUCCGUCAAAGUAAAAAGCAACAUGGAGUCCAGUGUCAGUGGCCUCUAUGUUGUCGGAGAUGCCAAUAACGAUGGCUCAACGAAUGCUUAUCAUGCCAUGUGGUCUGCUAAGCGUGCGUCUGUAAAUGCACAUGUCUCCAUGUCGAAGCAAGAAUACCUCGAUGCUGUGCCUGUAGCCAUGGUGGCAGCCGCAGGAGGAGAUAUAGAGUUCUACCGCCUUCAGCUCGAGGAGCUUGAGCUCCAGAUGGGAAGUGAUGUUGAGCAGAUGUAUCAAGCGCUCGGUGGUUGA